GGGGUGAAAUGCGGAGGUCUCAUCUUUAUACAGAAGUUGCCCAAUGAAGAUGAAAAGGGAGAAGAAUUGUAGAUGCAAUGAAGCUGCCAUGCAGAGCGUCCCCUUCACUCAGGCACAGUAUGAGUCUUGUUGGACUGUUUUUAAGUAGUUCAGCUGCCUGCCUUUUCCUCAAACUCUAGCACAGACCCAAACUCUCUUGCUUACGGCUGCAAUUGCUAGACAGGGUCAGCCUAUAAAGCCCCCAUUAACCCAUGCCCCACCUGCCACAUACUACGUCCUACCCAGGUGCUCUCAGCCAACCAGCUCUCCAUCUCCCAGCAGGUUGCAGCGCACAGGCCUCUGGAGAGAACACUGGGGCUGGCCAUGCAUGCGGCUCUCAAGAGAGCAGGACUGGAGGAGUGACUCCUCUGUGCUCCACAGCCCAACAGGCAGGUUUUAUUAACUACCUCUGUCAAGCAGCACAGCAGCUGAGCCCUGGCAACAAGAACUUUACCUGCAUUACCACAGCAGGAGCCCCGGCUUGGGGGCUGAGCUGCCUCAAUUCAAGGCACUGAAGUCAUGGCCAGAACCCUUUUCAGCUUCACACAGCUUGCCUAUUGCUAGGGGUUUCACAGAGCCAGGAGCUGAGCGAUGCAGUGUUUAAUUCUGCUUUACUACUCUCCAAAUUCACUCCUGAUCUGUCGUAACAAGAAGUUACUGGGGCUGGGAAUCAGUUCAGAUGGUUAUUAAAAUGCCACAGCAUACACACAAACCCUUUCUAAAUUCUCCCCACCUAGUGUUCUCAGCCCUGUCCUCGGCCCAUCCCUCCCCACUCAAACAGAGUCCAAGGGCAUCUGGUUCGCUAGAUCGCUUCCUCUCCCUCGUGCUUGUAACAAUACACAUGCACAUUUCUGCUGCAGUUUUCAUAGGAUUCUCCAUUUCAUUUAAAUCUCUGAGUGCUUUAUGCCCAGUACCCAGAGGGCUGCAGAGAAGGGCGGGCGAUGCAAGAUGCUGCUGUAUCCAGCCCAGCCCUGCAGCAGGAGAACCAAACCAAGUGCCUGGGAGUCAUCAGUCCAUAGUGAAAGGAAACAAUGGGCUCCCGCCUGUAGACCGGCUCCUGAAGUUCCUGGUGGAUAGCUCUGCCGACUGCGAAGAGGAAGUUCAGUGUGCAAACUGCGAUCAGGAGUGCAAGAAACAGGAAAUGGACACCAUGUAUUUCUGCAACACCUGUAACCAGCCCCUCUGCAGCAAGUGUCGCGAAGAGACCCACAAAGCCAAGAUGUUCUCUCGCCACGAGAUUGUCUCCUUGACUAAGCGCACUAAAGACAUCCACAAGAAAUGCUCUCUUCACGAGGAACCUUACAUCAUGUUUUCAACAGAGAAAAAAUCCAUGCUCUGCAUUAAUUGUUUCCGGGACAUGCAGGUAGAAAGCCGAGCCCACUGCAUUGACAUCGAGACUGCGUACAUGCAAGGCUGCGAGAAGCUUGACCAGGCUGUGAUGGCUGUGAAAGAGCUCCAGACGUCCACGCGAGAGGCCAUUGUCCUUCUCAAAGCCAUGAUUGAGGAGGUGCGCAACAGUGCAGAUGAGGAAAAGACAUCCAUCAACUCACUCUUCAGUAGCAUGCAGGAGAAACUAGCAGAAAGAAAAAAGAUGCUUCUGAAAGCUGUUCAGAGUCAGUAUGAAGAGAAGGAAAAGGCAUUUAAGGAGCAACUCUCCCACCUGGCAUCCUUGCUGCCCACCCUGCAGGUCCAUCUGGUCACCUGUUCUGCUUUUUUGAGCUCUGCAAACAAAGCCGAAUUCCUGGAUUUGGGAUACCAACUGAUGGAGAGGCUCCAGAAAAUAGUCAAACUUCCACAUCGCUUGAGACCUACACAGACGAGCAAGAUAAACACCGAGUACAGGGCUGAGUUUGCCCAUUGCUUGGAGCCACUGUUGCUGCUGAAUCCACGCCGGUCUGUGGUGGUGAGCGGAGGCGGCAUUGGACCAGGGAUCAGCAAUGGAAACAUGCUCUCAGGUGGUCAGUGCUCCAAGACGCUGAUAGUGCCUGGCUGUUCCCCUUCCUGCGAUAAGAUGUCCAUCACAGGCUCCAUAGUUCGAAAGCCAACCAUGCAUCGUUACAUCAGCACCAAGGUCCUGCUGGCCGAAGGAGGGGAGACGCCCUUCACUGAGCACUGUCGCAACUAUGAGAACAUGUAUCGGACCCUGCAAACAGAGAUUCAGAACCUGAAGGAUCAGGUACAGGAGCUGCAUCGUGACCUCACAAAGCAUCACUCCCUCAUCAAGUCAGAGAUCAUGAGUGAGAUCCUACAGAAAUCCCUCCAGAUGGAUGUGCAGAUUGCCUCGGAGUAUUCGUCUGUGGAAAUGAUGCGGAGCAUGUUUGAAGAGAUUUGGGAGGAAACAUAUCAGAGGGUGGCAAAUGAGCAGGAAAUUUAUGAAGCACAGUUACAUGACCUGUUGCAGCUGAAACAAGAAAACAGCUACCUGACAACCAUCACCAAACAGAUUGCCCCCUACGUCCGCUCCAUAGCGAAGGUGAAGGAAAGGCUGGAGCCCAGACUACAAGAACCCAGGGAACUGAAGGAUGACCAGACAGAGAACCUGCUCAAAAUUUACGAUGACAGCACAGUGACCAGCGACACAACACACAGGAACGACUUGACAAGAAGCAUGGAAGACAACAGGGAGCCUAAAGUGGACAACCGAAUGCUGAACAUUGUCACUGAGGAUCCCCUACUGAAAGACACUUACAAAACCAAACAGAAAGGUGGGACAGAGAGUCCCAGCCAGAAAGAUUUUACAACUUAGGCAAGGCAGAGUGCCGAGAAGCUGCACUACUUUACAUUUCAUAUAUACAAACAAGACUUAAAUAGAAGUUUCUCGAGUACAUUUAUGGUUGAGUUAAGCUGGUAUUACAGAGGAUCUAUCCACUGCAAUAGACUUGACCAGAUGGGAAGGACCAGCAUUUCCAAAUUUAGUUUGAUGAAAUUGAGUCUUGAAAUGUAGACUAAGGCUUCACCAAUUCAGUGAAUCUAAAUACUGUUCUCAUUACAUUAUCAGAUGGUUUUUAAAUCAGUUAUGGUCUGAUUUCCCAGGCCAAUUUCUUUGGCUGUUUGUAUUUUCAACAGGGUUAUAUUGUAUUUUUCUGUAUCAAUAAAUUCAAACCUCUAUUCAGCAGAGAAGUCCAGUAUCUCCCGAGUCAGAACUCUUCAGUGGGCCCCCGUCAGGUCAGUAACUUGUUAUUGGAAUUGGUCUCCUUUCCCCUUCAUGUGGAAACUUUGAAAAAACAAAUAUUGACACUAUUUCACACCUGAAAUCCCUUACCUCAGCUGCUCAAAGCAAACUGUAAGCUCUUGGUGGUGAACCUAGAAACAUGGAGUAGUAUAAGCCUAAUUUUGACAUUGUGCUAUCAAUUUAUUUUAAAUGCAUGAAAAACAAACAGCUAGCUCUAUGUAAGUUUUAUUCCCACUACCCCUAGUCCCUGCCCCGACAACGUAUUUAAAAGCCUAGUUAAUAAACAAUGCAUUCUUUAUUAAAAGUGGAAUGUAGCUAUUUCCUCAAACAGAAAGUCACCCUGCAUAGACUUGAAGAUGGGUUUUGGGGUGGUUUAUGGUUUGGGGGCAGUUAUUUUGGGGAGGAAUUGUUUUUAAACACUUCUGCACUUUAGUGUAAUGAGAUCAGUAGGAAAACAAUGUUUUCUUGAGGUUUUUAUGCUGUAGAUUAUUCAGAAGUCUUGUUUUCUAUACGAGAUGUACACAGCUUUGUAUAUUAAAAAUCUGAAAAAAUAAAAUAUCAGUUCUUGAUACUUCA